GGGACGUCCCUUCCCUUUAACAUCCUACGUCGACAGACCGCUGCUCUGUAUAUCCCCCUACUCGGAGACAUAUGACCGGAGUCUCGCAAGGUAGGCGUUUUCUCCCCUGAAGUGCGUUGUUUAAUUUGUUUCCCCUGUAACCAGAUCACUGCUCAUACUGUCUCGACCCAAGCGGAAGAUGGACUUUCGCUCGAGCUUAGAAGAAACAUCAAAGUCUUUAAUAAACGAGCGGGCGGACACCUGCGCUUCUUGCCCAACUACGGCUGAGCUAAGUAACGCAGUGUCAGUGUCAUUGGGUUUAGACCCUGUGUCCUUUCCGCUUAACAACAUGAACCAGUGCUCCGUAAACAGCGCCAGCGUAUUUGCAGGCUUCCACCACACUGUGGAGAUUAGUUCCCGGGCAGUGCAGGCUCCUAAUGUGAACUCAGACCGGAUUAUACUACGUGACAUUUCCGUAAAAGACGACUUUGGAGAAGUGUGCCACGGCAUUCAGCAAGUGAGCUGCAUGGAUCUGCUCACAUCAGGGGACAUGGACAGCGGGCGUGACCCUGUGAUAUCUAGGUAUGUCUGCAGGGAAUCUAACUUGUUUAUGAGCCCGCAGGAAGAGCUGCCCGCGCUCUCUCAGGUGGAAGAGAUGUUGCCUUUGACACCAUACACUUCGUACUCUGCAAACCCGAACCUACACAGGGACACUCCGGGAGGGUGGUGCGCCCGAAGCAACCGAUCCGAGCCGGAGAGGGGCGGUUUUAGCGGACGUAAUUUGUUGUCCAAAUACUGUAACUGUGGGCCAGCAUCUCUCGGAUCUAUGCAGGAAUGCCAUUGUCUCUGGUACAACAAGGAUGGGAAAGGUGGGAUGCGAGCAGCGAUGGCACACGGGUUAGGCCAGAUGGAAAGUUACCAAAGUGCAAUUCCUCAAGGACACGGCACUCUUUCCACUAUCAAGACUGAACCCUCCGUUUGGCUGGAUUGCUCUGAUCGCACUUUUAGGCAUGACAAUUUGUUUCCAGGUGUGUAUCUGUCGGACAGGAGAGUGUGUCAGGUCUGCGGCGACGAUGCCUCAGGUUGUCACUAUGGAGCCGUCACCUGCGGCAGCUGCAAAGUAUUCUUCAAGAGGGCCGCAGCAGGUAAGCAGAACCACCUGUGUGCUAGCCGGAAUGACUGCACCAUCGACAAGCUUCGGAGGAAAAACUGCGCCUCGUGCCGUUUAAAGAGGUGCUUCAUGUCAGGAAUGAGCCUCAAAGGUCGUAGGCUGAAGGGAGCCGGACAGUCGAGGAGUGGAGAGGAGGAGCUACCUCCGGCUCCCUGGGGGAACAGAGAUGCAAUCAUGGAGCCGGGAAGUGCAGCUAUCGAGGCUCAAAUAGCUUGUCUGACUUCAGGGAUUCCUCCAAGCGUGCGCUCCUGCCGCUCCCUGCUCAGCGUCUUGCAGGCCAUCGAGCCGGCUGUGGUCAAUGCCGGACACGAUCACGCGCAGCCAGACAGCCCUGCGUCCUUGCUCACCAGCCUCAAUGAGCUGGGGGAGAGACAGCUGGUAACUGUGGUGCGCUGGGCCAAGGCAAUACCAGGUUUCCGUGACAUGCACGUGGAUGAUCAGAUGUCAGUGAUUCAGUUGUCCUGGAUGGGGGUGAUGGUGUUCGCGUUGGGAUGGAGGUCCUACACACUCACCAACAGCUCCCUCCUCUACUUUGCUCCAGACCUGGUGUUCAAUGACCAGCGGAUGCAAGUGUCCAGCAUGUAUGAACACUGUGUGAGGAUGAAGGUGCUCUCCCAAAGGUUCUGCAUGCUGAAGGUCACCCAGGAGGAGUUCCUAUGCAUGAAGGCCCUGGUCCUCUUCAGCAUCAUGCCAGUGGAGGGCCUGAAGAACCAGCGUUGUUUUGAUGAACUGCGGACCUCCUACAUAAAGGAGCUGGACCGCUUGGCGAGCCACCGCGGAGAGACCACCCGCACACAGAGGCUGUUCCAGCUCACUCAGCUGCUGGACUACCUUCAAUCGGGUGAAUCCAGGGUACAGUACACUUUGGGAACAAAUCCCCAGCAUGCACGUAACUAAGUGACACGCACCUCCUGUUUCAGCUUCUGAACAACGGUUGCAUAAUCACAUGGAAAAUACUGAGUCACCCUCUGGUGGUAGCAGUGACUAAUUUUAAAUAACUGUGAGGAUUGAACUCACAUUGUCCAUCAUGCAAAGCGCCCUCAAUCUCAACCAAUAAAGUGGUGCAGGAAUGAGUCCUUAAACCAGGAAAUGAGUUAGCAUUUUAGCACUUCCAGGGUUCGUCAUAGUCAAUGUUAUUUUUUAAUGAAUCAGAAUAAUAAAUACUUGAAUAAUCAGGGUAAACUGGUUUUUGUUACAGUUGUUCCAUUAUGGAAUGAAUAAAAUACGCAAUUAUUAUGUUGAAUAUAAUGUAUUAUAUAAUAAAAGAAGUGAGAAUAAAAUAUAAAAUAAGAAAUAUAAAUUUGGUUUUAGUUAACAAAGAGGUUUAAAUAAGGUCUGUGGUUAAUUCAAGCUCAUAAGAUUUUGUUCCAUGAUAUAAAAUUCGCCAGUGAAGGCAUCACUCAUAGUUCCUGAAGCUUUCUCAUUUUUAAAAAACUGCAGUUGAUAAAAUGUAACCUAAAAAAGAUUUAUAAAUAGCAUCUUGCAGAACAUUAGCCACCUUUAGCUUAGCAGUGUUCCCCUCUGAUACAGGCCUCAUUUACAAGGGCCGGGACCCCCACUGACACUGACUAUUAUCCACCCCAGAAAAAACGGUAUGCAUUACAUUAAUGCACAUCACAUCAUGCGAACAAUAUCUUGUUAUUUUUAUUGUAAAUACUGCACAUUUUGCACAUUUUUGCUCCAUGCUACCUCUUUUUUCAAACCAGCACACAUUAUAUUUUACUGCACUGCAGUUUUCUAGAUAAUUAUAUUUUGUGUAUUGUAACUUUUUGUUUAAUAGCUUUUACAAUUGUACUAUUUUUAAAGAAAACAUUUUUGGUUGUGUAUUCUUCUUUCUGUGUCUCUGUAUGCACCACUUACCAAGGCAAAUUCCUCGUAUGUGUAAUCCUACUUGGUAAAUAAAACUGAUUCUGAUUCUGAACAGCCAUGCGACCGUGAUGCAGUUUGUUCAUAGCCUGACAUUAGCUUUUACGCUUUAACUAUUAUAAAGGUGGUGUUAAUAUGUGGAGAGUAUCAUAAACGUGUGUUUGCCACAGAGCUAAUUUUCUGCAAUAUUUCAAAAUCUAAUGGAAAAAUCCCAUUGGCUUUUGUGUAGGGAAUUCUUGCUAUGAUAAUUUCCAGGUCUUCCUACAAAAAUACAUAAUCUCUGCACUCCUCUAUGUAAUGCUGUAGCUGCAGACCACACUAUCAGGCUAACUUACAUACAGAAUCAACAGGAAACAGCAGCAUCAGCUGAUCAGGUCUGCAGAUGGAAACAAAAACCCUCAUGGAAAAAUAAACCUGUUUUGAUAUUUGUCACACCUGUAGGCGAUUAGUGUGAUAUUGUAAAACCUCCGAUACACAUUUCUCAUAGCGCCAACAACGUGAGAGGGAAGGAGGGAAUUUUAUUUCUCCAAAUAAAACCCAGAGCAUAUUAAAGCAACCAAGGAAACUUGCACCAGUUAUGACAAUAUAAAUAGUUUUACAUCUGUCUUUACUAGCACACCAGCAUUGCUCUGGGUAGACGCCUUUAUCACGACACAAUAAACCUUUAACAGACUCGAGUUUCUAAUAGGCAAGUGUCUUGAAAAGCUUCAGUCAUGAAGAACAGUCUGCUGUUUCGGAUUUCUAUUUCAUAAGUUCGUAUAAAGAUAGUGUGACUGAAUGGAUGAUGUGCCAUUUGAUUAAAGUUGUAUUAAAUGUGAAAACGAAAGCUUUAAAGAAAAAAAAGUAGCUAUCAGAGGAAAGAAUGGAUUACAAAACAACAUGUAUCUUUGCAUGGAUGUGUCUAUGUACAUUAUACAUACACUAUUCACCAUAGUGAAUAUCUAUAUCCAGACAUAGUAUGUAUUUAAUGCUCAGAUGCAGCUUAAAGUGCUUAACAAAACAAGAUCAGAUGAAAACCAAACAAUAAAUAGCAAUAUUGAGAGAAAUAACAACAGUUGAACAAUACAACAACAACAACAACAACAACAAAAAGCAAUGUUACAAGUCAGGUUAGCCCAUAUUAAAGCCAUAUUUAAAGGUUGUAGUUUACUUACUUGUUUUUAAUAAAUUCUCAAGGGGUGUUUUGUCCUACAAUCCAAGGUGAGAGAGUUCCACAGCCUUAACAUAAUAAUAAUAAUAAUAAUAAUAAUAAUAAUAUUAAGAAGAACUAAAUAAACAGUUACCUUCCAAAACCUUACAACAUAAAACAUGUUUUAUGUUUCAAAAUAAAUAUAAAUGGAUGCAUUAUAACCCUUUUAUUGUUUUAUUUUUUACAUUAAUUUACACAUUCCUCCGCUUAAUGUAAAGAAGAGGCAACGAUAAGCAUAUCGUAAGUAAUUUCAACCUGAAAGAAAGCUUAUUUGAUGUUAUUAUUCCCAAAACUGUGCUAACAUGGCCUUCAAACAACUGUUAAUGAGAGAUAUGAAUACAGUUUGUUGUUCGUGAUGAAACCACUAGAGGGUGCACAUUGACUGCUUUCCUCCUUAGUAAUAUCGUCAUAACUUGUAAAACUAUUUGGUAAUAGCAAUCUAAGAACAAUAAACCUUUGGUGGUUGAGGAGAGCCCAGAAACGCUGGAAAGUUUCCCCCCGAAGAGAGCCUCGCUGCGGCAGUUUGAACCUCAAAUCUUUCACUGUGGAUUUACUCUUAAAGGCUCAGGUUUGUCAGUGUCCCACUCACAUCUCAGAUCUCCUAAUGCCUUAUGAGUUGGAGGGCAGCCAGGGAUUGUCUGGCAGGGCCCUUAAGGCAGAAAAACCGUGGUUGAUCAAGACCCUGCAGCUCAGACCCCUUCGGCUUUCCCCUGCCUGCGGGGCUUACAGCGCCACAAUGAGUGUCAUCUCUUUAAACCACCUCUCAAAGCUCAUGGCAGAAGACGGGCUUCCAUGUCACUUUCCCUUUCUCCCUUUAUCUGAGGGCUUUAUUCUCUUUCAAUGCUGUACACAUCCACACGUCACGUCUUUGUCACUAAUAACUACCAGUGGAAGAAGUACUUUACUUAAGUGAAAGUAACAAUACUGGACUGUAAAAGUGAUCAAUUUAAAAUCUUUCUUGAGUAAAGUUACAAAAGCACUGGAAUCAAAAGAGUAUUAAAAUACCAAAAGUAUGAGUACUCUAUACGUAUACCCAUUUUUUGGUAUAAUUUUAUUAUUUACUUUAUACUAUUAAUUGGCCCAGUAUUUUUGAAAGAGGCUGAUUGUUGGAGGAUUUCUUUCUUUAAAUCUUCUUGACAGUUCUUUAAAUCCAUUAGUCAAUGCCCUCCAAAGGUUCUUUUAAUUUUAUAAUAAUGCAUCUAUGUGUGAGAGUCACUCUGAGUGCAACAUUAUAAACAUUAUUUAAGGAUGUGCUGUCUAACUAAUUCAUGUAUACGAUAAAUGAAACAAAGUGAAUUUAAAAAUAUUACCAAAUAUGAAUUGUUGGUAACUUAACACAUGAGUUGUGAACAUUCCAGAUCGUUAUUCAAUUUUUCUCACAUUUUGUAGCAAUUAUUCUUUGUUCUCACACUGAAAAAACUGAAACGUUGACUUUAAUUGAAUGUAUUAUGUCAACAGAUUUCACAUAAGUCAAACAGGUUAGCUGAAAGCAAUAAUAUUAGGUUUAUUAGGUAUAUUAGGUUCAACUUAAUAUCAUUGCUUCAAACUAACCUAAUACAGUGGUGUGAAAUGUGGUGGCAUAAUACAUUUAAUUAAAGUCAACCUUUCCAUUUUUCAGUGCAGCUGUGGUUAGAACGUUGUAAACAGCGCCUAGUAAUUGCCUCCUUCUGUCACUUGUAAAAAAACUGUUCCCUAUCUCACUAGAAACUCUAUUUAAUAACAUGAUUAUACUCAAUUGAUAUAUUCAUUACAGCUGUUAAAGGUGGAGCUCAUUUCAAAUACUUUGAAUAUAUUGUUGUAUUGAACUGAUGUUUCUGCAGAGAAAACACAGCCUACAGAAGGUAUUCUACAGACUUUAUUAAAUAAAAAAUCAUUGUUUGGUACGUCUUCACACUCGAAAAAAAAUUACACUAUGAUCAGUUUACUUAUAUUUUCCUGAUAAUGUGAAUAAUCUUUCAAAAUUGAUUAUUCCCACUAUGAAUCACAUUGCUGUUGUAAUUUCAGUCAAGAAUAAUCGCAAUUAAGCAAAACAUGCAGCCCUUAGUUGAAUAUAAAGUAGUAUAAAUGAAAAUACGUAUAGUGCAAGUACUAAAUGUACUUGAUUACAUUCCACUAGUGCAAAUAACCUCUCAUCUUCUUCUCAGAUUGUGAGGAAGUUACACCAGUUCACCUACGAUCUCUUCAUCCAAGCUCAGUCCCUCCAGACGCGUGUCAACUUCCCAGAGAUGAUCUCCGAGAUUGUGAGCGUCCAUGUCCCCAAAAUCCUCUCGGGCAUGGUCAAGCCCAUCCUUUUCCACAACACAGCCUAGAGCGGUGUGGUGGGGGGAGGGGGCUGAGGGGUGGGCUCGUGAUUGUCCUAUAUGUCACUUGAGCUUCAACCACUUCUGGGAAAAGCUUAAACGGCUAGAGAGGGAUAUAAUUUCAUGAGGUGUAAGCUUUUUUUUCUACCUACAGGGUGACAGUGGAGCACAGUGAAGCUAAAUGAAGGGCAUACAGCACAUUCUUCCAAUCUUAUUGCAUCUACUCUGUUCUCCUACUGCCUGUUAUCUGUAUGAAAUGUCUCUGAACACGUUUUUUAGCAUGACUUCCUGCAGGCUAAACACCUGGCAUGUGAGACUUCUCCUCUUCUUCUUCUUCUUCUUCUUCUUCUUCUUCUUCUUCUUCUUCUUCUUCUUCUUCUUCUUCUUCUUCUUCUUCUUCUUCUUCUUCUUCUUCUUCUUCUUCUUCUUCUUCCUCUUUCUCCUCCUCCUCCUCCUCCUCCUCCUCCUCCUCAUAUUUAUAACCGACAACAGGUUAUGUUAAAUUCUAGGACGGAAAAACCAUGUUGGCAGAGUUCACAUCAUCGUAGCCUGUCUGUGUGCAGUGGUAUGACAUUUGGACUAGCUUUUUAACAAUGAAUGUUAUUGUGUGCACCUGAGAUGAACAUAUUUGAUUGACAGGUAAUAAACCGUAGUGGCAUGCAUGCUAAGAGGCAACGCUGUCUCGUCUGAGUAUAAAAACAUGUCUGAAAGCUGUUCCCAUCCCUAGACAUAAUAGUCGACUAAUGGUUUAGGCGGAGGACACACAUACACUCUUUUUACACCGUGAGUGACUUCAAAAUUUAAAUUGUAUAUUUAUGAAUUUUGUGAUUUAAAAAAAGGUCGCAAUGAAGAAGAUGAUUGGACCAAAUAGUCGCGAAUGACUCAUCAGUCAACUAAUUAUGGGGGACUUUUUUUUUGCUUGUUUUUGAAUGUCAAACAUUAUCCCGUUUUUUCCAAGAUGGACAUUUCAUAAUGUUGUAACUUUUCUACAGUUUUCUUAAAAAGUGUUCUUUGCAAAGUGCUCUGUUAUGAAUCAUCAUCCAGUAUCCAUUGUUGCUUUUUGCUGCGAAACACAAAAAAGGUCAAGCCAAGAAUCUGCUCAUUUGUUGCAGCACUUACAGCUAAAUAUGGAAUAAUAAACAACUGAAGCAUGA